AUGGCCAGUGUCGUGGGAGCACUGAUCUUCUUCCUCCUGUACUUUCCCUACAUGUUUGUCACCGACUCCGGCGCGUCCGUCAACACGAAGCUCUUCGCAUCGCUGUCGCCGCCGGUGGCGCUCUCCAUAGGUGCCGGCCUGAUCGCUCAGCUUGAGAGUGCUGGUGAAGGAGUGCGAUUCUCCACCUUGAACGAGAUGAUCGACAAUUCCUCCAUGGCCCAAGUCCUGGCGAUGCUGCUGAUCGACACGCUACUCUAUGCUGGACUGGCAUGGUACCUGGACAAGGUCCUGGUCGUCGGCUUCGGAACUCGAGAGCGGUGGUUCUUCCCCUGCACUCGGCAGUACUGGAGGCCUCAAACGAGCGUGAUGUCUGAGUCGGAGCUCCAAGACCUCGAGCAGGGCUUCGACGACGCGCAGCCGCCGAGCAGGCACGAGGCCGUUCCUGCAUCGAUGUCGGAGCAGCGCAGCAUCCUGGUGCGAAGCCUUUGCAAAGAUUUCAAGGCAGCAGAUGGCAAGACCAUCCAUGCGGCGCCCUGCCGAGAUUCAACUUGUAGGAAAGCCUCCAUCCCAAGAAGUGACGGGAAAGACCCGGCACCCCGAGCCGAGCCUGCAGUCCUGACCAUCUGCACGGAGAAGCUGCGUUGGUGCGAGACAACUUGUGACAAUAUGACAUGA